CCCCAACAAUAUGUAAACCACUGAGCAAUCUUGCCUGAUUCUCAUAAUUUCUUAAUGAAAAUUUCAUACACAGACUUAGCUGAUUAAAUCAUUCACUGGCUGUUGAUGAUUAACUCAAUCUCCAGCCCUCUUCCAUUCUCCAUAUUUGAGAUGGGCCUGAAAUUUUCAAGCUCCUAAUCAAGGCUUGGUCUGGUGAGCAGCUCCCAUCUUACAGCUAUCCAGGGCCCAGCCAAGAGUUACUUCAUUAGAACAAAGGAUGCUCUUAUGGCUCAGGAAAUUCCAACAGUUUUAAUAGUUCUGUGCCAGGAACUAGGGAAAAGGAUCAAAUAUAUUGUAUAUGAUACCACGGCAAGAAAGCCUAGUUUGGAAUUAAUAGGAGUUGAAAAUUAGUGCUUUACUGGUGGAGCUUGAGAAAGUUCUUAAAGACUAAGAGUUGGUGAAGUGAAGGAAGUCGAAGAACAGCAGAAGCACAGAAACCAAAGACACUGAGAUCAAUGCAGGAGGCUGACAGUGGGGAGGAGGAAUGCCGGUCGCAGCCCAGAAGCAUCAGCGAGAGCUUUUUAACUGUCAAAGGUGCUGCCCUUUUUCUACCACGGGGGAAUGGCUCGUCUACACCAAGAAUCAGCCACAGACGCAACAAGCAUGCAGGUGAUCUCCAACAACAUCUUCAAGCAAUGUUCAUAUUACUACGCCCAGAAGACAACAUAAGGCUGGCUGUGAGAUUGGAAAGUACUUACCAAAAUCGAACACGCUAUAUGGUAGUGGUUUCAACUAACGGUAGACAAGACACUGAAGAAAGCAUUGUUUUGGGAAUGGAUUUUUCUUCUAAUGACAGUAGCACUUGUACCAUGGGCUUAGUCUUGCCUCUCUGGAGUGAUACCCUAAUUCAUUUGGAUGGUGAUGGUGGAUUCAGCGUAUCAACAGAUAACAGAGUGCACAUAUUCAAACCUGUGUCUGUGCAAGCAAUGUGGUCUGCACUACAGAGCUUGCACAAGGCUUGUGAAGUGGCCAGAAUGCAUAACUAUUAUCCAGGCAGCCUUUUUCUCACUUGGGUGAGUUAUUAUGAGAGUCAUAUCAACUCAGAUCAAUCCUCCGUCAAUGAAUGGAAUGCUAUGCAGGAUGUACAGUCUCAUCGGCCUGACUCUCCAGCCCUCUUCACAGACAUACCAACUGAACGUGAACGAACAGAAAGGCUUAUUAAAACCAAAUUGAGGGAGAUUAUGAUGCAAAAGGAUUUGGAAAAUAUCACAUCCAAAGAGAUACGUACAGAGUUGGAAAUGCAGAUGGUGUGCAACUUGCGAGAAUUCAAGGAAUUCAUAGAUAAUGAAAUGAUAGUGAUCCUUGGUCAGAUGGAUAGUCCUACACAGAUAUUUGAGCAUGUGUUCCUGGGCUCAGAAUGGAAUGCUUCAAACUUAGAGGACUUACAGAACCGAGGGGUGCGGUACAUCUUGAAUGUCACUCGAGAGAUAGACAACUUUUUUCCUGGGGUCUUUGAGUAUCAUAACAUCCGAGUAUAUGAUGAAGAGGCAACAGAUCUCCUGGCUUACUGGAAUGACACUUACAAAUUCAUCUCUAAAGCAAAGAAACAUGGAUCUAAAUGCCUCGUGCACUGCAAAAUGGGGGUGAGUCGCUCGGCCUCCACUGUGAUUGCUUAUGCAAUGAAGGAGUAUGGCUGGAAUCUGGAUCGAGCUUAUGACUAUGUGAAAGAGAGACGAACAGUGACCAAGCCUAACCCCAGCUUCAUGAGACAACUGGAAGAGUACCAAGGGAUCUUGCUGGCAAGCAAACAGCGCCAUAACAAACUCUGGAGAUCUCAUUCAGAUAGUGACCUCUCGGACCACCAUGAACCCAUCUGCAAACCUGGGCUGGAGCUCAACAAGAAGGAGAUGACCACUUCAGCAGACCAGAUUGCCGAGGUGAAGGCCGUGGAGAACCUUGCAGCCAUAUCUCCUGUCUUUGUGGAGCAUGUGGUUCCACAGGACACAAGUCAGAAAGGGGUUCAUACCAAAGAAAGAGUCAUCUGCCUGGGGUUUUCUUCACAGGAGUUUCAUGCCGGACAGAUCGAAGAUGAAUUAAACUUAAAUGACAUCAAUGGAUGUUCAUCAGGGUGUUGUCUCAGUGAAUCAAAAUUCCCUCUUGACAACUGCCAUGCAUCUAAAGCCUUAAUCCAACCUGGACAGGCCUCAGAAAUGGCCAACAAGUUCCCAGACUUAACAGUGGAAGAUUUGGAGACAGAUGCCCUGAAAGCAGACCUGAAUGUCCACUUACUGCCAAUGGAAGAGUUGACAUCUCGACUGAAAGACCUCCCCAUGUCACCUGAUCUGGAGUCACCAAGCCCCCAACCCAGGUGCCAUGCUGCCAUGUCCGAUUUUAGUACUGAUCGUAUUGAUUUUUUUAGUGCCCUCGAGAAGUUUGUAGAGCUUUCUCAAGAAACCCGGGCUCGAUCUUUUUCCCACUCAAGGACAGAAGAGCUAGGCGGAGGAAGGAGUGAGGGUUGUCGCCUGUCAGUGAUGGAAGUGGCACCUUCGGAAAUGGCAGCUGAUGACCAGAGGAGCAGCUCUUUGAGUAAUACUCCCCACGCAUCUGAGGAAUCUUCAGUGGAUGAGGACCAGUCAAAGGCAGUUUCAGAACUUGUCAGUCCAGACAUCAUCAUGCAAUCUCACUCAGAAAAUGCAAUUUCAGUCAAAGAAAUUGUCACUGAAAUUGAGUCCAUUAGUCAAGGUGUUGGGCAGACUCAGUUAAAAGGAGACAUCCUCCCUAACCCAUGCCAUACGCCAAAGAAGAACACUGUCCAUGAGCUGCCCCCGGAGAGGACACAAGCCCCUGAGAACAAACCUGGACAUUUGGAACAGGACGAGAGUUUCUAUACAGUCCAGCCUGAACUAACUGAAGACUCAGGGAAGUGCAACCCCGAAGGCUGUGUAGCUGCACACCCAUCCACAGUAGACUUGGAAGAAGAAGAACCAGCUGAGGGGGAAUAUGAGUGGGGCCCAGGGAUGCACCCUGGUGCCAAGUGGUGUCCUGGGUCUGUGAAGCGAGCCACCCUGGAGUUUGAAGAGCGCUUGCGACAGGAGCAGGAACACCAUGGCACGGCCCCUUCAGGUGGCACAUUAUCUAAUCGCAAAACCUCUAAGAACGACUCUUCUGUGGCAGACCCAAUGCCAAAAUGGAGAAAUGAGGAGACCACCCCAGAACAUUGGGAGAUGAGCAAGGGGAAAGGGAAACCCUAUGGUUCUGAAGCUGGACCACUAUCCCAGUGUGAGCAUGCCACUGCUCCAGUCGCCGAGCUGCUGGAGACUCAUCCCUUACAAGCUCCUCAGGACUGCCUAGGGUCGGAUACUGGAACCAAGAAGCAGGAAGAAGACUUGAAGAAGCAGAGGACUAUGAUUCCAAACCAGGGAUGCGAAACCCAGACCAUCCCUCUUCCCCUUCCCAAGAGAAUAGAAAUCAUUGAGUACACACAGACAGUUAUGUCUCUUGAUCACCCUGAGCCAGGAGGUGAAACGGCCUCCAGCAAAGAGGGUGAGAAUCAGGGACUGAGGAAGGUGAAGAUGGAGAGGCCUGUCACUAGGUUCUGUGCCCUGGAUGAAAAUCUGAACAGGACUCUGGACCCCAGCCAGGUCCCUCUACAUCCCCAAGUGCUACCUCUGCCUCACUCUAACUCUGACUACGACAGACUCACUGACCUGACCCCCAUGCUAAGUAGCCCUGAAGACAAGGGAAACAGCCCUUCAACACCCUUUGAGAAAGCAGCUCCUUUGGUCAGUACCCAAAUAGCGUCUGUCAGUUUGGAUUACCUGCAUCCCCAGUCUGUGGUUCACCUGGAAGGCUGCACAGAGGAGAGCAGCACCACGGGCAGUGAGCCAUCAGCAGAACAGGUUAGCUGGGAAGACGGCCAGGAGGGCUUCCUUGGCAGUGGAAUGGCACACAAGUUCUCUCAGUUAAGUAAUGAAGACCUAAGUUUAAUUAACAAACUUGGUGACAACGGUGGGGUGUCACAGAAAAAACUGGACCUAUCACCUGAAGCCUGUAGAAUCCCACAUAGCUCUAGUAGUGAAAAUAUAAGAAAUUUCAGCCACAGCCCUGGUGUGGUGAAGGAGCGUGCUAAAGAAAUUGAGUCUCGAGUGACCUUCCAGGCAGGGCUCACCAAAACAUCACAAAUGAGGCGCUCGGCUUCACUUGCCAAGUUGGGUUACCUGGAUCUUUGUAAAGACUACUUAGCGGAGAGAGAGCUGGUCUCUCCGGAAUCCCCUCAUCUUAAAUUGCUUCAGCCCUUCAUCAGAACAGACUCAGGCAUGCAUGCCUUGAUGACCCAGGAGCCCUCUGAAAGCCCUGAUGCCCACCAAAACCCACAACCCACCAAGUACUUUGUAGAGCAACUCAAAACAACAGAGUGCAUUGUGCAGAGCAAGCCAGUAGAGAAGCCCCUUGUGCAGUAUGCCAAAGAAUUUGGGUACAGCCAGCAGUGUUUGCUCCCCAAGGCAAGAGCAGAAUUGACUAGUUCUGAAGUAGGCCUUCCUUUGCUACAGACACAGGGUCUACAGUGUACAGGCCCCACUCCAGGGCUGGCCGUGGCACCCCGCCAGCAACAUGGCAGAACUCACCCGCUUAGGAGACUGAAAAGAGCAAAUGAUAAAAAACGGACAACCAACCCCUUCUAUAACACCAUGUGAUCUUGAGCCCACAUACAUGACUUUCUAAGAGAAACAUUUGUAAAGGGGCGGUGUAAUAUGUAAGGAACAUGCACUUUAUUGGUUAAUUUUAUAAUAUUUUGGUCAUUUUACUGUUCCUGGCUCAUGCGGGGUUUGGGUUGAUUUUUCCGUGUGUGUGUGUGUGUGUGUGUGUGUGUGUGUGUGUGUGUGUGUGUGUGUGUGUUUACUGAUUUGAGUGGCAAGAUCAUUUUAUCAUUUUUUAUUUUUAAAAAAAUUCAAACCUCAAAAUUUUUUUCAAAGAGCACCUUUAUCAAAGGCAGAUUGCUGUUUUUCAAUCCCCUGCCGCUGUCUUUCUCAUUUUGCCCCCUGAGAAAAGACACGCCUGCUUGACUGAGGGAAAGAAACAGAGGGUAGGGGCACUGAGGUUAGGAACUGGAGAUGGCUCAGCCAGGCCUGAGGCGGCCUGCCCACUGAGGGUAGAGGGAGGUUGCUGCUCCCAGCUUCCCUCUCCAGCCCUUCUUUGGAGUUCAUGAAGUUGCAGGGUUUGCUCUGCCAUAAGAGGCAGUUGAGACUCCAUUUCUUCUGGUAUCCCAGAACAUAUCAAUCAUUACGAAAAGGGGAUGGAUGAUUGGCCUAGAUAGAUAGAAUUCUAGAUAGCAAAUAGCUUUCCCCAAGAGAACAGUCUGAAAUCUAAGGGAACCCUAAGCAAAGCUCAUGGUCAUCUGUAAGAAAGCCGUUAAGAGAGGAGGUUGAAGGCAACAGUGGAAAAGCAGCUGCUGAGUGACUCCUGGGUCAGUGGAGGCCACACAGAAGGGGCCCUCUGCCAGGUGACAUGUUGCCACAGCCUCCCAACUUAAGUCCUGGAAACAGGCUUGAAAAACAGCAAAGCCGGUGUGUUCUUGUAAAAUGAAUAUGUAUGUGGGUUUUAACCCUUCCGUUACUUGAAUAUCCUGUGGGCCUUCUGACUUUAAUGGCCAUACUUUUCCAAUUCAUUUUCUUCUCUCUUGCUGUUUUCCCUAUCCUGCCCCUCUCUUACUUUCACAAGUUAUAUUUUAAUUGUUACAUUACGUACAUAUAUUGAACACAAUUUUCUAUGUUAUCCUUGUUAACGCUUGACAUAAGUUGUUUUUUCCCCUCAUUUUCCUAGAAGGUUUGUCUUUUAUUUACAGUUCAUACUCAGUAUUUAUGUACAUAAUGUCACUUCUUUAAUGUUUUAUUGUUGAUAUUGUGGGGUCUUUUUUUUUCUUUUUUCUUUUUUUUCUUUUUGGUUUAUUCUUUUCAAGGAGUAGAGUUGCAGCUGGAGAAAAGAGACACCAGAAAUAAGCUGAUCAUUGUUGAUAGAAGUCUACGCAGUAUAUUGAUGGUGACUUUAAUUGUUUUCAGUGGAAACUUCUAAUUUUGCCAGCUCCUGCCAAAUUAUGCACUUCCUUUUCAGAAGCCCCUACAGGCUCCCAUUAGAUCACCCUGAAUGCCGAAGUCCCAGUCAAUUGUUUGCAGAAUUGAAGCACAGCCAGGCAAUGUGUGUGCAUUGCCCAAAGUAGCCUCCUAGUGGGACUGAGACGUGGGAGCCGCUCAGCCAAGGGCACAAAUUGCAUUUAGGGUACCAUUGCUUUUUGCUGUUGUGAUGACCUUUAACACUGGAGGACCUGCUGUAAAUAAACCUCUGAGAGUCUUACAGAAAAUAUCUAGCCUGAAAUGAAAUAACCCACCACAGCUCAUCAAAACUGAAAGGCCCACAAGUUUGCUUCCUGCUUGCUUUUGUGGGUGUCCGCAUUGCUCAGGGUUGUGUAGGUAAAGCCGGGGUCUUCGGUUUUUAAUUCAGCACAGCCCUAAGAGAAAGAAGACAUACAGAUUGUCACCAGAGACAGAAUUUGGAGGGAACAUGUAGUAAGAUACAGAAAGGGGAAAUUGGGGUCACUUUUCAAGUUUUCCAGAGCUGUGGGUCCAAUUGCCAUACUAAAGUCAUGGUUGGGUAUGAUGUCUGUCACUGCCAGGAAGACGUUAGAGGCCAACUGUGGAAAGUGUGAUGUAGAAGUUAUAUGUAUCUGUGCUGUCUUUGGUAGUUUCUCUAAGUGUCACAGCUUGUGAGUCCGGAUGUUUAUGUGUUGCCUCAUUACGUCAUGUGUAGCGUGGGAGGCAAGGUGGUGGAUUCCAGAGCUCAUCUACUAAAGAGCCCUAUCUACCAGUAUGAUGGGAGGACAGGAAAUUAUGAUAGAGUGAGGAGUAUUCGCAUGGAGUUUGAGUGGCAACACCAAAAAGUAAUAAUAAAAGCUGGGUAUAGUGGCUCACAUCUGUAAUCCCAGCACUGAGACUGAGGCAGGAGGGUCACUGUGAGUUGGAGGCCAGCUUAGGCGACAGAGUGAGACCCUGUCUUAAAAAAGUGACAUCUAUAUGCCACUCAUCAUCAGCAAUGGACUGAGAGAAACGCCCUGCUUUGUGGGUGUAGGGAGAGGAUAGCCAUUUGUGUUUAAAGAAUGGGAGAAACCAUCUUGUGCUGUCUUCCUUCUUAAUUACACUCUUACCAUUUAACUCACCUGCCUAAGCAUCUUACACAGGGUCUGUAAUUCAGCUAUGCCAAAGGCUCUUGCCAGCCCUCCCAAACCCCCACAUUUGGGUGUUCUUAAGUCAUGUUCGUGGCUAAGGCAGGUACAUAAUAAACUGUUGAGGACUUUUUUUUUUUACUUCAAGUUAUGAUGAUUUCAAAUUGCCUGUUUGCCUUUUCUAUUCUGGGAAAGCCUAAACCUGACUGGUGAACAGCUAAGCAGGAAAAACCUGACCUCUUGACUAUUACUUCACCUCCUGCCCAAUGUCUCUCUGUCUUUACUGUUUUCAAAACCACUGCAGUCCUGUCAGUGGCCAUGGAAGAGUGUGUGAGCACACAUGGGAGCACAUCAAUAGGAUAAGCUGACAUUUCCAUGCCUGGGAUAACUGCCGAGGAGCAGACAGGACUGGAGCCGUAGUCUGGGUGGGCCUGGGGAGUAGGAGAGGGUCCCAGCCAACUGCUGGCUUUUAGAAACAGUAGCAAUGGAUGGUGUUGGCACGGGACAGUAGGGGGCACUCACAUCUUACUUUGGUUGCUUCUUGUUCUUUUAAACACAUUCGCCCCUGCAUCCUUACCUCUUCAGGAUCUUACGUGUUUUCCUGCUCUGUACCUUUGUCUCUGCUGCUGUUUCCUUCUUUCUCCCUUUGGGAACUACCAAGAGCUCCAGGUACAGCCUGGGAAUCCAUCUAAGGGAGUGUUCUAAGGCCUCCUGCUCCUGAGCCCAGAUGCCUCAUCUGAAAAGCCUCAGACGCUGCAACUCAAAGAGUCUUCACCUGAGGAUUUCAUUUAGUAACGAUAUUCUGUAGGAGUUGAGUUUUUUUUCUAAGAAAGCAUUAUGCAAAAAGUUUUAAGGGCAUUUUAAAGAAAAGCCACUUUUUGGCUUUUUCAAACUGUUUGUGGAUACUUUGUUUACUUUGUGAGUAUUAAAAUAUGCAUCAUCUUGGUGGCCACUCAGGCACUGAAGCCAUGGCUGUCCUGUGAAUCCUCCCCCCAGAGAAAUGCCAUAUUAUUGUCAGCCCCUGUGGAUAAGUGGGUCAGAUGUGUCUGAUCUCCAUCUGUGUUCUGCACUCUCAUCCAGCAGUCGUUUUCCUCAGUGCUGGUGUGUCUCCAUAGUGAUGGUCGUGAUGGUGAAUGGCUAGUAUGGUGGUUUUAUUUUCAAUUUCUGAUGGUAGACAAGGUGACAUUUUCAUUGUUUCAGUACCAAUCCAACUUAAAGUACCAUGGACAUUGUUUCUCUUCCAAACUAAAAGAUCAAGCAUGUACUGGACAUAAGUGUAUAUGUUGCCUCGACUCAUCUGGCACCCAUAUUAGGAAGAGGCCUGCCACCAAAGCAGGAAGCUGCACACUCCUUUCCCCCAGGCUUUGGGAUUUCUCGAUGCCAUGGAGAGCUAUUGCAAGGUGCUUCUGUACUGCUCCAGCCUGAAGUGGAGGUGACUAGGCCUGGCUUCUGCUAUGAAGAGAACCAGCCUCAUCUCAGUGUCCCAGAGAUCUAGGAUAGGGUUUCUAAACUGGAAUCAUCCCUUAUCAGCUUGAAGACACCACACCCCCAGAGGUAUACAGCUGGUGCUGCCAUCUGUCUCCACAGCGAUGCUGGUGGCAGUGUCCUGCCUACAGAGAGCUGAUAUCCCAAAUGGAAAACCGAGGAACUGACCUAAUGUUUCCUAGUCAGUAAGCCCACUGGGAAUUGUUUGGUUUUAUGUUUUAUUGAUUGUGAUUUGUUUGGCAUAGAUAAAGGUGCCUUCCUCCCCCCCUUUUUUUAAAUUUUGUUUUGUAAGACUUGUUCAAAACACAAACAAGUCCAAAAGACUCGCACUGACUGUUACCUUUGCCCAGGCUACCCCAAACUUCUAUGCUCUCGUCUUAUUAAAUAAAAGCAGGUGCUCCCUGGAAUCUCUGGGACCUUUCUGAGGCAUUUAAAGCAGAAUAUAGAGUGGUCUCAUCUCCUUCCUUAUCUUCCUGGUGGUUGGGAUGUCCCACUUGUAUCAUAGUUGUUUUUAUUAUUACUGAUGUGCUCCGCUGUUUUUAAAUGUGAACUUGUGCGCAGAUGUGCAGAUUCAAUGUUCUUGUUACAGAUUGAAUAAAUUUUUAUUUUGAAGACAAAA